CUGUCUCUGCUUCGCAGACUGUGUCCUCUCUUUCUCUCUCUACCUCUUUCUGCAUCUUUGUUCUUCAGCUCAUUACCAGUUAAAAUGUCUCACCGAGCCAACAUCAGAAUUCAGAGGAGAGGCUUCAGUAACUCAUCUGCCAUCCGACCUAACUUGUGUCGCACCAACUGGAGCUCACAAAGUGUGAGCAGAGGUGGAAGCUGUGGCACUGGAGGUGCUGGCUGGGGCCGGGCCGGUGGGGCCGGUUUUGGCAGCCAAAGCCUUUACAAUCUUGGUGGACUCAGGAGAAUCGCGGUUGGAGGCAGUUAUGGCAGUGGCAUCGGUGGAGGCUAUGGGUAUGGUGGUGGAGUUAAUAGCGGCUAUGCUGUUGGUGGUGGUAUUGGUGGAGGCUAUGGGCUAGGUGGAGCUGGUUUUGGUGGAGGGAGAGGAGACCCUUGCUUCCCAGUUUGCCCACCAGGCGGAAUCCAAAAAGUAACUAUCAAUCCCCACCUGUUGGCGCCUCUCAAACUGGAGAUUGACCCCAACAUAGAGAAGGUUCGCAAAGAAGAAAGAGAGCAGAUCAAGACACUCAACAACAAAUUUGCCUCCUUCAUAGAUAAGGUGCGUUUCCUUGAGCAAGAGAAUAAAGUGCUGGAAACAAAAUGGGCUCUGCUGCAGGAACAUGAGCAGAAAACUGUGAAGAGUAACAUUGAGCCACUUUUCGAUGCUUACAUCAACAAUCUUAGGACACAGCUGAAUGAUCUGGAAAAGGAGAAAAUAAGGCUGGAUGGAGAGCUACAUAACUCCCAAAACCUUGUGGAGGACUACAGGAGCAAAUAUGAAGAUGAGAUCAAUAAGCGUACAGAAGCAGAGAAUGACUUUGUAAUCCUCAAGAAGGAAGUGGAUGCUGCCUACAUGGUCAAACCAGAACUAGAAAUUAAACUACAAUCUUUAGUUGAGGAGAUUGAUUUCCUCAGAGUCCUACAUGAAUUGGAACUGGAAGACCUACAGAGGCAGAUCUCUGACACUUCUGUGAUUUUGUCCAUGGACAACAAUCGCUACCUGGACCUCAACAGCAUCAUUGCUGAAGUCAAAGCCCAGUAUGAAGACAUUGCCAAAAAAAGCAGGGCGGAGGCUGAAGCUUGGUACCAAAGCAAGUACGAGGAACUCCAGAGUACUGCUGGAAGGCACAUUGAUGAUCUUCGUAACGCCAAGCAUGAGAUUUCAGAACUUAACCGACAUGUCCAGAGACUGAAAGCUGAAAUUGAAGGUGUGAAAAAGCAGUGUGCUAACCUAAAGGCAAAGAUUGCUGAAACAGAAGAUCGAGGUGAACUGGCACUCAAAGACGCUAGGCGGAAAUUGGCUGAACUGGAGGAUGCCGUUCAGAAAACCAAGCAAGAGAUGGCCAAACAAGUCAAGGAAUAUCAAGAGCUAAUGAAUGUGAAGCUCUCCCUGGAUAUUGAGAUUGCCAUGUACAGAAAGCUCCUAGAAGGAGAAGAAUAUCGAUUGGCAAAUGAUGCAGCAGAUGCAGUGAACAUCUCUGUUAUCUCUUCACACGUUUCACGAGGUUCAGCUGCUCGUAGCGGUCUUGGCUACAGAAGUGGCCUUAGCCUGGGUGGAGGUAGUUGCUUUAUAGUAGGAGGAGGCGGCAGCAGCAACAUAAAAAAUGCGAGCCAUGGAGAUGGCAGCAGCAACAUCGAAAGUGUGGAUCAUGGAGAUGGCAGCAGCAGCAGCGUCGAAAAUGUGGAUCACGGAGAUGGCAGCAGCAGUAACAUCGAAAAUGUGGACCACGGAGAUGGCAGCUCCUCUAGCAUGAAUUUGGCCUCUUCUCCUCCAACAAGUCACAUAAGCUAAACUUCCAAUCCCUUGCCCUUUUGAAAAUGAAACGUGUGAACAAUGUCUUUUCUAGACCUCUCUCUGUGUGCAGUAUAAGUAGUCCUCGCCUUACUACCAGAAUUGAGCCUGGAUUUAUGGUUGUAAUUGAGUCCACAUGAUUGCCUCACUUAAUGACCACCAUGCAAUCUCUCCUUUGUGGUUAUUAAGUGGAGCAAUGGGUCCCUUAAAGCAGGGGUCUCCAACCUUGGCAACUUUAAGACUUGUGGACUUCAACUCUCAGAAUUCCUCAGCCAGCUUUGCUGAAGUCUAAAAGUCUUAAAGCUGCCAAGGUUGAAGACCCCUGCCUUAGAGACUGGUAAAGGCCCUGGGAAACCAGACACAGGCCCACAUUAGAGCACCCCCCUCCCCCACAAAUCACACUUCUCCUGCAUUGAGCCAGGGCCUCCCUCCUCUGAAAGCCCCCCACCCCCUUGAACAGCUUCCCACCACUCUUGGUCCCAUACACUUGGAAGUCUCCUUUUUCGCUCUACUUACUUUUUCUCAAAGGCACCUUUCCCAAGGAGUUUCAUCAUGCAGUCAUCCUCCACAGAAGCCACAGAAUGCCGUUCUGAAAAUGGAUGCCAUUUUUGGAGGCAAGAAGAAUGUGAGAAUCGCAGCAGCUUCCAAUAUGGCACCCGCUUCCAGGAUGGCAUCAUGGGGUUUCUAUGUAGGAAAGCCCACAUGGCACAUUGGCUGCUUCUCCUUGGGAAAACUGAUCAUUGGAAACGGUAAGUGGAACAAGUCAUGACUGUGGGGAAGGAGACCCAAGGGAUCCAAUGGGGCGGGAUGAGAGGGAAGAUAGGCGGGUAGGGGGAACUGCAGUGAUCCUGUGGUCAGUCUUAAUGGCGGCAGAUUACAAAGCACUCAAAUAUUGUUCAUGUGCCUGCCAGGCAUACAGCAGCCAUAACUUCGGGUAUAGGUUGUAAGUCCCUUUGUCCAUUGCCAUUGUAAUUUCAAACUUGAAUGAAUGGAUGUAAAUCAAGUACUACCCGUAUUCAUACAUGUAUUUUUUUCCUUUAUAUUCAGCUUUUGUAUAAGACAGGCCAUUUCUUUGAUUGUAUGUCAACAGCGCUCUGCUUUUCAAAUGAGUAUAGAGGAUAGGCUUGUGUUCUCUCAUUUUUCCUUUUUUCAUCUAACUCAAGAUUUCAAGAUUUUUAUAUAAUCUACAUGAUCUUCUGGGGUUUUUCUUUUUGUGCUUGAAAUAUGUACUUUGAAACAUGGUUUUACUUUUUGGUGUGUAUCCAAUAAAGUACACAUUGUAAUUUAUAAAAAAUACUAGCUGAUAACCCGGUGUUGCCCGGGUUUUGUUUCUUUUGUUUUUAAGAACCAAUCCCCCUUACCAGAGGCAGCCCCCUUGUGGAGUACUGUGAAGCCGUUACCAUGGCAACUCCACUAUGCUGUACAGUAGAAGCCAUUUUAAGGCACAACAGGCUGUGUUUUAACAGAACUUGAAUCCAAAAGGCACACUAUCACUGUCAAAAGUACUGUUAUUUGACACUAUAGAUAUAAUUCAUUCCUUUUCAUUUCAGCAGCCCAGGCAUUCCAGAGUUAUGCAGGAACACACC